GAAAUGCUGAUUUUGACAAAAUAAUUAUCUCAGUAGCUAUACUUUAUAGAUAGAUCUGAUUUUCUAAAGCAAAUGUAUUUAAUUAUUUUGGCUAAUAGGGUAAUUUCCAAACUAAAACUCUGUUUUCCAGUAAAUUUCGUGAACCGUGUAAUGUGUGAUUAGGUGUGCGCCUAGACGUUAAGUAAAUGAGCCUUUGGUGACUUUUUAGAUCAGCUGCGUGACUGAAUGUUGAUGAUUGUGUUCAAGCAUGAUAGUUAAAUAUAACAAAUCUUUUAUGUAUUAAUGCUUGUAGAAUCAAACGUAGAAUGGCUGGAAGACCUAAAAUUUGCCUUAGCAGUUUUGUAUUGUCAACACUUAUGUUUGAAAAUGCAAAUAGUGAAGAGGAACUGGAGGGAUUUUUGAUCGGCAAAGUUCAAAAAAUUGUGAAAAGGGAAAUAAGUGAUCAGUCCAUGUACAACACUCAAGAAGAAAUAGUAAUAAGUAUUUACUCUUCUGUGCCUUGUGGUAAUUUUUUAUCCUUCUAUAACUCCAGUGGAAAAGUGCGAGAAUCUGAUUUAGAAUCUUGCCUUGGUGAACGAAAAAAGGCAGUAGUUGGUUGGUAUCGAUUCAGGCGACAUGUUCCUGUAUAUCCUUCAAUGCGGGAGACUGCUGUUCAUAGAAAUUUAAAAAAUAUUUUUUCUAGUAAUCUUCCUCAUGGGCAUGAAUGCUUUAUCUAUGGAGUGCUUAGUUCAUCAUGUCUUCAGAAUUUUGCUACACACUCCUUUGACUAUGCCUUUUACAUACAAAUUUCCAAUGCGUUUUUUAGACCUUUAGCCGUAAAACUUUUGAAUCUUGGGGACACAAAGAGUCAUUAUCGAACAGGGUCUGUUGCUUCUGCUUACAUGGAAUCAUCAAGUUUUCAUUCUGUUCUGAGCUCUUUAUGGGAUUUUUCUAGCUGUUGGAAAACAGAAGACCUUAUUGUUCAUUUCCAUAAUAAAUUGCGAUCAAAAUUUGAUAAUCUAAUUGAAGAAUUGGCUGCCUCAGAUUCUGUCAAUGCUUCUUUGGAAUGUCAGAUUGCUGAACUAGAAAAUGAAAUGAAUAAUUUAUUAACACUGCGAGAAACACUUUCAUCUCCAGCUGGCAGUCAAACUAAAAGUGAAACUACUGAGGAAGUGAAUCUCGGUACUGUUAAGAAAACUGAUGAUAAACAGGCUUCUAGUAAUAAUGAUGUUCAUACUUCAGACAAUUCAGAGGAUCCAUUACCAAGUUCUCCUGAUCAUUGUGUGGAUAAGGCAGUUUCUGAGCACAGUGGCGAUAAAUUUGAAACUGCCUCGGAAGCAUCUGAGGAAUCUGGUGAUAAAAUGCUAAAGAGUAAUGAAGAUUCUACAAAUAGUCCAACUGAAGCUCUUAGUGAUUCACCUAGCCAUUCUGAAGAUAAUCUGGUAGUUAGAAUUCCUUUGAAGAAUAUUGGAGAUUUUGUAGAGAAUACUUCUUGUGUUUCCUCUGAUUCAAAUCAACAAAGCAGAGAGAAAACAUUUUCUCAGACCUAUUCAGAUCAUCCUGAAAGUUCUAUUCCACCUGAGGGUAAAUCCUUUUCUUUUCAUGCUGGUGGGGAUACACCGAAGAAGCCUUCUCUAAUGCUUUCACAGUCAUCUCAGCUGCCUAAACAUAAGAGAUUAUCCUCUUCCAAAAGAAAUGGAGAUUCAUCAGACAUGUCUGAAUCUGCCAAAAAGAGAUUGUGUUACGGAAAAUAUUUCUAUCAUGAGCAUGGAAUCAAAUACCGUGCUAUUAAUACUUCAAAAGCUUCAGUUGGUAAACGUGUAAGACUAGUUCGUCGAUAUCGUCUGCCUCCGAAUUCUGGCACAGAUAAUAAGGAUGGUUCUACAUCUAAUGAGCAUCAUUCUGUUAAUUCAGAAACAGAUGUAGUUCAGAGUUUUGAUGAGAAAGCUGAUAUACAUUCUAAUCUUAGUUCAAAUGAGAAAGAGGGACAACAAAGGCAAUAUUCAAGCAGUAUAGGAACAUCUUUUGAUACAGAUUCAUCACAGCAAACUACAAGUCCUCAAGAAAAAAGACCUAGCAGACCUGUCAUAGUUUUUGCUUGUCCAUGUAAUGAGACAACUAGAAUAGAUGAAAGAGAAAGUGACACACUGAGUCAGGAUAGUUCUUCAACUCAUAGUGUCAAAAGCUCUGAGAAAGAAGAUAGUGUUCCAACAUCUGAAAGUUCAACCAAAGAAUUAUAAUUUUUUGUAUAUGCAUAAGAUGAAGUGCCAUUUAAAAGAUUUUUUUUGUAUGUAUUUUGUAUUACAUUAGAAAAUUUUCCCAUCUGAAUAUUGUGUAGUAUAUAUCAUCUUUCCUUGUGUAUUAUUUUGAGGUGCAUUAUAUGGUUCCUUUUCUUUCAAAUUGCUGUCUGUAUUUUAUUGAGAAGUCAUUUGUUUCAAGAACUAUGUAAUUCAUUGUUAUUUUUUAUUUGUAUAUGGAGAGUCACUUUAAGUAACCAUUUUUAUUUAAAAUUCUCUGCAGAAUUGCCUGUGAUCAGAUUUCAUUAGUUAAAAAAAAAAAAAAAAAAGAAAAUAAAGUUUUCUAUUUUUAGGAAAUUUGUGCAUUUUUUACUGUUAUAUUUGGUUAAUUUUAAUAUGAACAUUUAGUAUAAUUUAUUUUUCAGAUUUAUCUAUCAGACACAAGUCUAUGUUUUGUCUUCCCAAAAAGUGUUUUUUUGAUCAUUACUUUAUUAUUAAUGAAUAUCGUGCAUGUAAAUAAAUAUACGUUUUUGAAUAUUUUUGUAUAUCUUUACUCUUAUAGAUGGUACGGGAUAUAAUUGUCACUGUUUAACCUUAAGACUCAUCUGAGUAGAAUUAUAUGAACUCAGAUUCAACAACUUCCUUUUAACACAUUGCAGUAUUAACCCACAUCAAAAGUUCUGGCCCUAUCACCAACAUAAGGGUGCUGGUUUAGUUGACUAAUUACGAAAACAUUAUUAGGUAUUUAGAAACAAACUCGGCAGGCUAUAAGACUUAAAUUUUAAAAUUUUUUGGUGUGUUGAAUAUGUUUACAAGCAGAUAUUAAAAUAAUCUUUUGUAAUCAGGCUGUAUAACAGGUAGCCUGACAUGGGUGAUUGUGGCUUCUUCAUUGCUUUUGGUGUCACCUGAAUUUGGGUCAAAUGACAGUCAGUGUUAACCUGCACUGAAUUUUUGAAUUAUAAACAGAAUUAACAUGUUACAUUUCUUUCUAUGAUUUCUCAUGAUCUCUACAUUUUUGAAGUUAAAUUACAAAAAGAGCACAAGCUCUAAACUUUUUUUCAUAUGUAAGCGUGUUUUAGACAUAUAGAAAACAUGGGCCAAAUAUCUGAAAAUAUAAAGUACAAGAAUAGUAUGUUUCAUUAAAUCUCAAAAUAUUGGUAGUUUCCACUGUGUUUAGGUUUAAAUAUCAUAAAUAAGUAAAAGGUUCAUGUAAUAAAUUUCUUACAUAAUCGAAAUUACUUUUAUAUUAUAAAUCAGCUUACAUUUCUUGCUGUAAGUAUGAAUGAGUGUGGUCAUGGGUAAUUCAUUGUAUGGCUUACAGUUAUUAUUCAACAGCAUUAUAAGAGUUAAGAUUCAAAAGUUCCCGAGCUGAGUCUAUAAUAUAAAACAUAUUCUGAAUUAAAUUGCAGAAACACAUCCUCCUUUGAAAUAACACCCUUGUGCCACAACACACUUUUGCCAAUGCCUGUAAAGUUCAUCGAAGCAUGUCUGAAAUCCGUUUUUAGCCAUGUCCUUAAAUUCAGCCUACGAUGCACAUCUGAAGAUUGAAAUCUACAACCUUGCAAGCAUCUUGUCAGUUCAGGAAAUAGGAAGAAAUUGCACGGUGCGAGAUCUGGUGAAUAAGGAAGAUGAGGCAAAACAGUUGUUUUUGUAAGAAAGUCAUUGACGAGUAGCGAUCGGUGAGCAGGAGCAUUGUCAUGCAACAGCAAACAUGCCUGCUCAGCCCACGUUUUUUGUCUCUUCUUCCAGAUAGACUCAUACAAAUGCUGCAGGAUUUCAACAUAGACUUCAUUUUCAGAGUGUGUCCUUCAGGGAUAAAUUCCAAAUGCACAUUAUGGUCUCUUCUUCCAGAUAGACUCAUGCAAAUGCUGCAGGAUUUCAACAUAGACUUCUUUUUCAGAGUGCGUCCUUCAGGGAUAAAUUCCAAAUGCACAUUGCCCUGGGUAUCAAAGAAUACUUCUAGCAUGACCUUUCCUUUAGAGUGAUCUUGGCGGAAUUUCUGCUUCUGUGAAGAUUGUGCUGUUUUCCACGUUGCCGAUGCUCUCUUGGUUUGCGGGUCAUACAAAAAAUGCCAUUUCUCAUUUCCAGAAACAAUUCUGCCAGUUUAAGUCUCCCGCCAUUUCUGUUUGAUUUCCCUUUUGGUUUACGUUUUAACAUGUGUGGAACGAUGCGUUCACACACCCUGUGCAUGUUAAGAUCCUUAGUCAGUAUCCACUGACAUGUGGCCUCUGAUAUCCCAACUGAUUGUGCUAUUUGACAAAUUAUUUGCCGCGUGUUCGCAUGUACCACUGCAGAUACCUUCUGAUGUUUUCAUCAGUGCACGAAGUCACGGGACGGCCGCAGCAUGCGUCAUCUUCGGCGUUUUCCCUGCCUUCUCUGAGACUAUGAUGCCACUCAAAAGUUUGCGUUCUCGAUAAUGUUUCACUUCCGUACACUUGCUUCAACAUUCCGAAUGUCUCUGUAGCACUCUUUCCCAAGUGAACACUAAAUUUGGUAUUGAUUCUCUGCUCAACUGACGCCAUUUCUUUCUAUCACCAGGCACUAAAUGCACCUGCCUACAAAAAAGCUGUCGCCGUGAGCUUUCGACCUCGUGAUUUGGGACAAACCACUUUUAGAAAAGGAGGUGAACAUAGUAACAAAAACGUUCUCGUAGUCCCACUACUGCAAAAAAUUUUUACGUUAUAGACUCAGUCUGGGAACUUUUGAAUCCUACAACCUGUUACUGUCCUUAAAAGUAUAUGCAUUAUUUUAUCUAUGUUGUAUAUUUUACAGACUGAGCUUUGUGAUCCUCAUAUUCUGCAAUAUUGUUGUGUGUGUCAGUGUUUGGCAGUUUUGCUGUUUUAUUAAUGUAUAUUGUAUGCUUUUACUAAAAUUUAGCUGUAUAUAGACAAAAACUUCACAAGUUGUGAAUUUACUUAUACAGUGUGUCUUGUUUCAUGUUGAUCCAAGAAUAUUUUUGUAUAACUCUUUAAAGGAGAUGAGUACAGAAUAAAAAAUCAGGAGAGACAAAUAGGUGAGAGUGUGUAGUGCCAUAAGCAGCAAGAGCACUGAUAAAUGAUGCUAUAGCUGCAGCAUGUGGUAGCAGAUGCAAGGAGGUUAGCUUAUGAGCAAGAUCACUAAUGAGCUUAUGAACGAGAUGUCAUGUGUGCAGAGUGUAAUUGUUGUGCUGUAUUAUCUUGUUUCACUGUGUUAGCGAAGAAUCUGAAUUAGUAAGUAAUUUAACUGUAUAUUGUUUUGGUCUGUACUAACUAGUGAACUAACUACAUUGGCUUUCUAAAGUUUAGCACUUAGUACAAAUUAGCAAUUUUAGAAAGUGUUGAAUUUUAAUGGCUGAAAUUCAUUGCAUACACAGAUGGCAUAGGCUAAUAAUGUAUGAUACUGCCAGUCAUCGUUGAUUGCCCGAACAUGUGCUUACUAGGCAGUCGUUGAAGAUGCCAGCAUUCUCAGAGGUUUGGAAGAGGUUCAUUUAAAUGCUGAUAUGUAAUAUAGCUGUCGCAGGAUAAUUUUUGAUAAUAUUCUUAGGGCUGGAAAAAGGUGGAUGGCAGAUAAUGUGCAGUGGCAUGCUUUCAGAUGCAUUGAAAGCAGGGCAGUCAAUCACAGAUAUCUAGCUCACUUUUCUUUGAUGGUGAUUAUUUUUUUUUUAAAUUUUCCUGAGUGUGUUGUAUUUCAAAUGAAUGUAGUUUGUAUUUUAUAUGUGCUUUAAUUUUAUUUUAUUUACUUAAUGUGUUUUGGCCACUGAUAAUUAUUGUUAGUUUAUUUUCUGGGAAGUGGUCCCCCCAAAAAAAACAAUUUUAUAGAAUUAGCAAAAAUAUAUGUUUGUGUAGUUAAGUAGGCUUAUUAAAAAAGAAUGGCUUGUUA